GAUACGGUGGGUCUAAGGGUGUCUCGGCUACAGACUUGAUCAGCUGCUAGAUAGCAACCACAUGAGGUGAUCAGGGGUCCAAGGGCACAGAGCAGGUAGUGAACAUUGCCGUCUUGAGACAACGUGACUGCUCAUAUGAGAGGGGGUGAACCAGGUCAUGACUAUUCUCUCCUCCCAUCCCCAUCGCCAUCCCCUCAUCCAUUGUCCACCAUGCUUCCCCUCGCUCUAUGCGCCUUGCUCACGCUCACGAGCGCCUAUACCGUCACCUUUGACAACGAGUGCAGCCAUUCUGGUGUCAAGGCGACCAUCGGUGGCCAGGAUCUGCCUACCGGCACCAUCACUUUCACGAACCCUGCUCUUAUCGAGCUCAAAAGCCCCUGGGGGACAUCCAGAGCCCGCCUUGGCCUCGGCACCUCGGUUCUCGAAACCGCUCUGAAGCCUCCUCCCAUCUCAUUCUUCUACUUCAAAGCCGGCCUCGCUGUCGAGGGCAAGUCGGUCGCUGAUAACUCGCUCGAGUGCGCCAAGAAGAGCCAGCAGGGCUGCGACAAGCAGGUCACGGUCAGGAAUGGCAAUAAGCAGUCUAGCCUGGGUAUCGCCCUCUACUGCUGAGCUGCUGAGCCGUAGACACUACUUUUGCCUCGUCCUCGCUCAUACGCCCGCGACGAUACACAGUCGCCCCCAUCAAUCUAUGGGCGCACGGUUUUCUCUUCUCCCCUGCUCAUGUCAUUUAAGCGUGCUCAUUUCAUUGUUCCGCACUUCCCGCCCAUACGAUGCGUGACAACUCAGUGCGAA